AUGCAAGGGGGGAUGCUCGAUAGUAGAGCAGCAUUGACUAGCUUGUUAUAUCACUAUCGAGCAGUGCUCGAUAGUAGAGCAGCAUUGACUAGCUUGUUAUAUCACUAUCGAGCAGUGCUCGAUAGUAGAGCAGCAUUGACUAGCUUGUUAUAUCACUAUCGAGCAGUGCUCGAUAGUAGAGCAGCAUUGACUAGCUUGUUAUAUCACUAUCGAGCAGUGCUCGAUAGUAGAGCAGCAUUGACUAGCUUGUUUCAACACUAUCUCGCUCUCCUCGAUAGUAGAGCAGCAUUGACUAGCUUGUUACAACACUAUCUCGCUCUGCUCGAUAGUGGAGCUGCUACCCACAUCUAA